GAACUCGGGCGGGGCGCUCUCACACAAUUUUGAGCUUCUGCUGUGCUGGUCAUCGGACGGCGUUCUUGUGCUUCCCGGGCUGUAGUUACGCAUAACUUCCCUGUGCUGAAAAUGUUUCGCUGUGGCAUUGCGUACCCCCGGUGCAGGUGGAUAGCACCCCUUCUGUUGCUUUUUGCCAUUAUAUUUGAUAUAAUUGCUAUUGCGGCUACCUCUGGGUGGGUUGAGGACGAAGAUGCAAAGUCUCACUAUGCGAACAUGUGGAAGCACUGCCGAGGCCGAAACGACCACUGGGACUGCAAAUCUCUUAUGACAUUUUCUUGGGCCCAGGCAGUAGCAGCGCUGAUGAUCUUGGGUCUCAUCAUCCUCAUCGUGGCCUUCAUCAUCUCCUGCAUUGCCCUUUGCCGUACCGUCAACGUCACCCUGCUGCCUGUCAUCGGGAUCCUGCUCCUGAUAGCCGUGAUCCUGCAGGUGAUCGCCCUGAUCAUCUACCCUGUCAAAUUCAACGAGCUCAUCUUCGAGGGACACUACGACUACACCUGGGCCUACGGUUUCGGCUGGGGGGCCACGGUGAUGAUGAUCGGCUGCAUCGUCCUCUUCUGCUGCCUUCCGCGCUACGAGGACGAUAUGCUCGGCCUGGCCAAGACCAAGUACAUCUACAGCUCCGCCUAGAGGCCAGAGACGCGCACUGCGGCCUUCCCUGCGGACGCCGAGGACGGACCCUGGUCUCUGCGCACUUCAGCUGUUUUUGCAGAAGAGCCCCUUCCUGAUUCUCUCACAGUCUCGCUCUCUCACACUCACCGCUGAUUUUCUCUCUUCGGGUUCACCUAAGGGACGACUUUUAAAAAAUAAUUUUAAGGGAAAAGCCGUCAUUAAUGUUCACUGUCAGUUUGCAGAUUUUACUCUGAUACAUGUAGGCAACUCGGUAUGCCAGAAGACCAAGGGGGGAAGAAAGGAAAUGCAUGGGAUGGUUUUUCAGUAUUUGGUGUUCGCCUUCCAAACGGUUUUCAUUCUCUGUCUGAAUCCUUCCCUGGACCCUUGCUUUAAAGUGGGCUGUUGGGAAUAUCUUCCUCCAAAGUGCUCUUAAUGUCCUGUGUUCCCACUGCUCCGCAGGGAUUCUGUGUAAUCCCGUCUCUUAUCAAUGUUCAUCCGACUGCCUGGCUGUGAAAUGGAAAAGAAGUUUAUCAGCUUACUGUGUCUUACAAAGUAACACAAGCAGGUCACCGUUUCACAGAGUGAAAUUAUUUUGAACAAGCAAUGCAGAUGGAAAACUGUUGAAACUCGGAUUGUGUCUUAAUCUCCCUUUGUUCUUCUUACGGUUUGAUAUGAGUGUGUUUUUAAGCCCCAGUCAUGAAAUGAAAUGCUUUAUAUGCUUAAGCUCGUGGAUUUAAAAAAUGCUCUGUGUGUAUUCUCUCCUAAGCUGAGAAGUCAUUCAUGUGCCCUGAUCUCCAAUUGUAUUAGAGGACGCAAAGUACUCUUUGUUCAAACGGUAAAUGCAAACUUAACAGCAGACAACAAAUCUCUCUCUCUCUCUCUCUCUCUCUCUCUCUCUCUCUCUCCCUCCCUCUCCCCCUCUCUCUGUCUGUCUAUAUAUAUAUAUAUAUAUAUAUAUAAUGCUAGUUCUUUAUUAAUAAUACUUUCAUAAAAUGAUUUUAUAUUGAUAUGAAAUGUAUUCUCUGUGAUCAAUAAAUAGACAAUAAUGAUAAAAGAUGACCAGUCCAUUGAAUAUUUUAAAUGCAGUAAGAAUAUUGAUUAUUACUGUUAGGGACACAGCAAGCCUUCCCUGUACAAACAAACAUAUCAAAAGCUGAAUGUUUGAUCAAUAACUCAGGCUAAUUGCUGUUAUUUAUAAACCUCUGACAGAAAUGUGCCUUAAUGUGCAUUUAGAUUAUCUUAAAUGACCAAAAAAUCAUAUGACACUGCUAUAUACAUGUAUUCCUGUUGUUUUGCUUAGAAUACAUAUAUUUACUAUACAUUAACAGAUGUGUUAUUGCUAUAAUAAUGUACAGAGAUAUGAAGUGAAAUGUGUUGUGUUUUUUAUGCAAUAAAGUAUUCUAAACUUC